AUGGAGCCCUUCUCGACUGUUUGCGGCGUGCUGGCGUUGGUGGGCCAGGUCUUCAAAACCGUGAAUAGUAUACAGGAGCAUGUGGCUACUUAUAAAGCAGCAUCGGAUGAUGUCACUGACCUGAUCAAUCACUUAAACACACACGGGAACAUUCUUCGAAUUAUCCAAGAGUGCCUUGAAAAGUCACUGGCGUCCCCGGAUCCAGUAUAUAUAGCAGGAAUCCCACGGGAAAUCGCCAGCAUCCUUGUCUCAUGCGAACAAAAGCUGAAAAAUCUCGAGCAAAAGAUAUUGCGGCUCGGCAGGUCAGGCAAGAUAUUUGGAUUCAACUAUAUUUCUAAAAAGGACGAAAUUGCCAAGGCUUGCCGAGACAUCUACAACCUUACCAAUACCUUGCACCUUGCUAUAAGCGUCCAGAGGUGGUCCAUAUCUUUAUCUUCAGUUGACCAGCCUCCAAGUUACGAAAAAAUAGCAAAAAUGACCCAGAUUCAAAGGGACACGGUAUUGACCCCUUCACAGACAACUGAGGAGAUGAGCACAGCAGCCGAUUCCGCUGUGGUUCUUCCAGAGAACAGCUUUCCCUUGACCCUGCGAAAAUCAUCUGAGACCCAGCGGUAUCGUGGCAUUGCAGGUCAAGUGGAGGUUACCAGAAAGAACAGGCGAACAAAAUGGUCGUACUUUGACGAUGGUAUUGCCGACGAGUCUAUCGAGUACUUGGUCAAGCUUCCUCUCGUUCCAUACCAAAUUGCUCUUCAGUUCCGAAGAUCAUCGAUUAUGCCCUUGAGCUACUCUCUGAAUGUCACACAUGUGAUUCAGACCUCCACACAGCUUGGCAAGGAGCUCUCAGCUUUGUUCCAUCCCCAUGAGGGGGAGGAUGAUCUCCGGGGGCUUCAGAUUCUUCUCUCGAGCCGGAAAAUCUCCCUUUAUUCCAUGCUUCACGACGACGUACUAACGGGAAGUACCUCAAAUUUGCUGCAUCUGGCAAUCAAUAAUCGAAUGCCCAUCAUGAGCAAGUUCUUGGCUCUGAACGAUCGCAGUGGCAAAUGCCUCGAAUCGGUGUCGACCAAAAACCUGGUCAUGACCUAUCUCCCUGCUGAAUCUCCGUCUGAGAUAGACAAUAGCGAGGGUGAACAGGUCUUGUCAGUGGUUUUCAAAUCGGCCCGAGCCGAGCUGGAUAGAGAUUUCUUCCAGUGGAUCAGCUAUGUUUACCCCGAUCCGGAGCAGUUUGGCAGCAUCCUCAACCACUUCUUGCGUCACCACGAGGGAGACACAUCCGAAUGGAUCGGCAUGGCAUGGGCACGGGCUGUGGAUAAUUACAUCAACCUGGGCCCGGUUACGGCGGGUUACCCGCCUGGCUUUUUUGCCCGUCGUGUGGAAGCCUGGACGCCAAUCCUCAAGAAACUGGUUCAGUUGGGGGUCGAUGUACAUGGACGAUAUAAAGCGUCAUGGGGGUUUUCUCAAGGCUCGGCCUACUUCCACCUUCUAAAUUAUCAAACCUGCCACAAGCAGGUGGUCGAUGAUGUUCACGAAUGGCUGGGAAUGCUGGAGGAUUGUGGAGUGCAUCUCCCGACAUACUUGGCCCGAGAGAAACAGCAACUACCAGAGCAAUGGGAACUCGUAGCGGGCUUAAAACGAGGCAACAUUUAUUCUGGACGAGAACUGAAGACUAUCGACUACCAUGGCCUCGCUGCAUUGGUGUGGACGCCCAUGAAGGACGCCUCGAACGGAGCUUUGGAGCUAUUGCAAGAGUUUGAGGCGCUCCGGGGAUCACAUGUCUUGCCGUCUUUCAGGUUCAGCUUUCCCCUGUUACCAAGCCAGGGAAAGAAGGACAGGCAGGCGUCGAACGUGCAGCCAGUCGAACAGAAGAUGCAACUGUACAACAGGGAGGAGUGGCCUGUUCAGUGGACAUUGGUUAGCGUCGCGGAAGAAGCCGUGCGCUACAAAGACGAGUGGCCGCCAGAGUACAGUCAACGCAUCCAAGAGCUGCUCGACAAACACAACCGGCGACUCGAGCGUCGUUGGAAUAAACGCGCCUAUCACAGAGAAGCGGAUUGGGGAGCAGCAAGGAUGCCCGGAGGCUGGGUCGAGUCCAAGUAG